GUUUAACUGCGGAUCUUACAACACAGGAUGCCAAAUUUGUUGUCGAGGGACAGAUAAUCCUGACAAUGGUAAAUACCGUGAUCAAAACUAUUAAUGAAAUCACCACCAAUUAUGAAUCCCUUCGUGAUCAGUUGGACCAUUUAACUGAGACGGGUUCCGUGGCACCAUUAAUAUCUGAACAAUUUGCUGGCUCAUCUAUGAUUCUCCCCGAAGAUCAUCUUCUGCUUCUUCUCUGGGUUCUUCCAGUGGCUCAAGUCAAUUAUCGUUUUCUGAUAUUACCUCAACAACCAGAAAUCACUUUAAACUUAUUUUUGAUAAGAUUAUGA